AAUCUCAACACUCUUCUUAUCCUCCUCAUCUCAUUACAAAUCCUCUCUAAUUUAGUCUCUCACUGACCAUAAACAACAACGCGUUUUCACUCCUCUGUUCGUGCUCUUCCUCCUCGGUUUGUCUUUUGCUAAUUCCAUGGCAGCCUCAGAGUUAGGUCCCGUGGUCCAAACGACCCCGCUCGUCACCUUCCUCCAGCGCGUGCAGCUUACAGCACACCUGUCCUACCCGAAGACACAAACCCCUGACCCAAAAUUCUACAUUGACCUAUCUCUCAAGCCUCCCCACCAUCUCUCCACCAUCGAGUCCGCCUUCAACGACCUCACGAGCGGGUCACGUGACCUGACGGUCCCAGUGGAUAAGCUUGAAAAGUUCGUGGAGGAAUACUUCGACGAUGGGAAGGAUCUGGUGCCUCAUGAACCAGAGGAUUUCGUCUCUGACCCCUCCGAGUUCCUACUCAACGUGGAGAACGACCAAGUCAGAGAAUGGGCACGUGAGGUGCAUGUCCUGUGGAGGACACUUUGCUACAGAGUCUCUGACUCCGUGAGAGAGUCUCCUGACCGGCACACGCUUCUACCGUUACCGGAACCGGUUAUUAUUCCCGGUUCUAGAUUCAAAGAAGUCUAUUACUGGGAUUCUUACUGGGUCAUCAAAGGACUUUUGAUUUGUAAAAUGUUCACUACGGCCAAAGGGUUGGUGACAAAUCUGAUGUCACUUGUGGAGACUUAUGGUUACGCGUUGAACGGCGCUAGAGCUUAUUACACUAACCGAAGCCAACCACCUCUAUUGAGCUCAAUGGUCUAUGAGAUUUAUAAUGCAACCAGAGAUGAAGAACUUGUGAGGAAAGCUAUCCCUGUGCUUCUCAAAGAGUACGAGUUCUGGACCUCUGGAAAACACAAGGUAGUUAUUCGAGACGCUAGUGGUUAUGAUCACAUGCUAAGCCGUUAUUACGCCAUGUGGAACAUGCCUAGACCUGAAUCCUAUGUUUUCGAUCAAGAAUCAGCUUCAGAGAUUUCCUGUACGUUAGAGAAGCAACGGUUCCAUAGAGAUAUAGCCACGGCAGCUGAAACAGGAUGUGAUUUCAGCACACGAUGGAUGAGGGAUCCUCCUAAUUUCACAACGUUGGCUACAACAUCAGUUGUUCCUGUCGAUCUAAACGUUUUUCUUCUCAAGAUGGAACUCGAUAUAGCGUUCAUGAUGGAGACUGCUGGGGAUAAAAACGGUUCAGAGCGUUUUGUGAAGGCGUCAGAAGCGAGAAAGAAAGCGUUUGAAACUGUGUUGUGGAACGAAAAGGCAGGACAGUGGUUAGAUUACUGGCUCUCCUCCAAUGGUGAUGAACCUGAGACAUGGAAAGCUGAGAACCAGAACAACAAUGUUUUUGCAUCUAACUUUACUCCAAUCUGGAUUAGUUCCUUCAAUUCAGAUGAAAACCUUGUCAAGAAAGUUGUGAAGGCUCUUGAAAACUCAGGGCUCAUUGCUCCUGCUGGGAUAUUAACCUCUUUGACAAACUCAGGACAACAGUGGGAUUAUCCAAAUGGAUGGGCACCGCAACAAGAGAUGAUUGUUACAGGGCUUGUGAGAUCUGGUCUGAAGGUAGCUAAAGAGAUAGCAGAGGAGAUUGCAAGGAGAUGGAUCAGAAGCAACUAUAGUGUUUAUAAGACAAGUGGGGGUAUUCAUGAGAAACUUAAUGUUGCAGAUUUUGGUGAGUAUGGUGGUGGAGGUGAAUAUGAGCCACAGACGGGUUUUGGAUGGUCAAACGGAGUUAUAUUAGCAUUCUUGGAGGAGUUUGGAUGGCCCUCUCACCUCAGCAUUGAACCUUAGAUUUACUACCUUCUAUUCAUUAAUAAAGGAAUUACCCAUUUUAUUCUAUCCAAAAAUAUUUAUAAUAGUGCCGUGGUAAACUUGAUCGUAUUUUCUUUAUUGUGAAUCUUUUGGGGUUUUUCUUUCAUAAUGUUUUAUGAUCAAGCAUCGACUAGUGAGGUUUUA